CCUAGCCUCAGAGCCUAGUGGUUGGGACACUGUGGCUUGCUGAAUUGGCUUCGGAGCUGGAAAAAGGCUGAAAGGGAGGGGUAGCCUCAGCUAUGAGGCGGAUCUUUGGCCUCAGCAGUAGGGGCCAGGUGCCCUCGGGCCCCGCAGGCCUGCAGGGCAGCUUCGGAGGUCCACAGCACAGGGUUCGCCCCAGGUCCAUGGGCAAGCUCCACAAAGCUGCCAGCGUGGGCAACACGGCCAAGGUGCAGCAUCUCCUCAUUAUGGGGAAAAGUGGCGUCAAUGACAGAGACAAGAAGCACAGGACUGCUUUGCAUUUUGCCUGUACCUCUGGCCAUCCGGAAGUGGUGACUCUCCUGGUGGACAGGAAGUGUGAAAUCAAUGCCUGUGACAGUGAGAACAGUACCCCUCUGAUUAAGGCUGUACAAUGCCACCAGGAGGAGUGUGUGACUAUUCUCUUGGAACAUGGUGCUGAUCCGAAUAUUGCAGAUGUCAGCAGCAACACUGCUCUCCACUAUGCUGUCUCUAGUGAAAACACAUCAAUAGCAGCAAAACUGCUUUCACACCAUGCAAAGACUGAGGCCAAAAAUAAGGAUGACCUCACACCAUAUUUGCUUGCUCUCAAGGAUAACAAACAGCAAGUAGCAGAAUUACUUAUAAAGGAAAAAGCAAAUAUUCAUGCGGUGGAUAAGCCGAGAAGGUUUUCCAACAAACCUUGUCCUGAUGAUUCCUGGCAUACAUCAGAUGUGUAUGACUAUAAUUUUGAUAACAAGAAGGUCCCCCAAAUAAAUCCUACUGAGCUAUGGCCUGCUGUUCAGCAAUCCAGAAAACAUCAAGCAAAAUAUGGCAUUGAGGAACCGGGAAACAAAACCUUGCUUGACAACAGUAUUUCUCAUAGUGAGAGUAAUGAUGUAGUUGUAACUCUUUCUAAAACAUCAGUCAAUGUCCAGAGCUUUUCUCAGUCUUCCUUUUUAUCACCAACACCUGACCCAAAGGUUUCUGUUAGUCAUGAAGAUCUAUUGCCUAAAAAUCACAGGUUGCAGGUUGAAAUUGCCAGAUUAAGACUAGAAAGAGAUGCAAUAAAAAAUCAGAACCAGGUAAAGGAAAAGAAAUAUCUGGAAGAUACUGAAAUUGAACAUGAAAAGAAUGAUGACCUUCAAAAGACAAUAAAACUGACUGAGGAAAGAAUAUUUCAAUGUAAUGGACAGCUUAAUAGUCUGACAGAAAAUACACUGCUAAAUUCUAAACUGGAGAAAGAAAAACAAAUCAAGGAAAGACCGGAAACAGAAACUGAAUCACACCGUUCCAGUCUGGGUGCUGCUGGACAUAAUUAUGAAAGUCAGACAUCAAAUAGAGAUGUGGAACUUGCUUCCCAGAGAGGAAGGAAUGAGCAGGUUCGUUUACAGGACAAGCUGAAUUUUGCUAUAUCUAACCUAAAAAAUAACUAUGAGAUGCUUUCCCAACAGCUUUCUCAAGCUGAAAGAAAAUUCAGUAGCCUAGGAAUUGAGCUCCGUCUUAUAAGAGAUGCUCUUAGAGAAAAUACUUCAGUUUUACAACAGAUACAAAGAGACGUGAAGCAAACACAGUGUCCAAUGAAAGAAAUUAAACACAUGAAUCAGGAUGAAGAAGGGAAAGUAAAUAAAUACAUGGGAACACAGGAAUCUAUAGAAGAGAGGUUAUCUCAGCUAGAAAGUGAAAAUGCAUUGCUUCGACAUCAGUUGGAUGAUACUCACAAAAAACUUGACUAUAAAGAAAGGACACUAAUAAAUAUCCAAAACCAGUUUCAUGGUACUGUGAAGACACUUCUAGGUGAGAGUAAAAAACAAACUCUCAAGCUGGAAGACAGAAAUAAAGAGGUAAUGGAUGAAUGUAAUCAUUUAAAAGAAAACACAUAUCAGUAUGAAAAGGAGAAAGCAGAAAAAGAAGUAGUUGUGAGACAACUUCAGCAAGAACUGGCUGAUGCCCUAAAAAAACAAUCUAUGCCAGAGGCUUCACUGGAAGUUUCUUCACUUUAUCACAUUAACUUAGAAGAUGAGACACGGGAUUUAAAGAAGAAACUAAGUCAUAUCAGAAGUCUAUUGGAAGAAGAACGGAAUCGACACAAAGAGACUGUGCGGUAUACUGAGAAGCUGCAAGGACUCCUGCAAAAGCUUAAACUUGAAAAUUUCCGGCUAAAAAGUGAAGUAAAAAAGCAAAAAGGGGAAAUUGAACAGCUUCAGAAAAACCUGUUAAGUACAAAUUUGUCUGAAGGUGAUAAAGAACAGUUAAAGAAAUUUACUGCAUUAACAGAGUAUCAGAAAUAUACUUUGGAUGAAGAAAAGAGGAAAAAUGGUGAAUUACGAAAAGAGCUAACUGGAUUUAAGAAACUUUAUAAAAUGACAGAAAUAAAGUUAAAUGAGCAGGAAAAUGGAGACUUCCGUUUUCAUGGAGAUUUAAAAUCCAAUGAAUUGGAUAUCCCAAUUAACAUGCUAAUACACAAGGUUGAUGAUCUUGCAGCAAAACUGGAAACUGCAUCAUUCAAAUGUCUACAUCUGGAUAAAAGUGAUUUUCUCCAGCAGGAGUUAUUAUCCAUGAAAAAUAUACUACAAAAGAAAUGUGAAACACUAGAGAAGAAUGAAAAGAAAUUGGAAGAAGAAGUAGUUAACCUGAGAAAUCACGUAGAGGAGAAUGGGGUAAAACAUGGCCAAGCAGAACAGUACAAGCAAGAGACUGAAGAAAGAGUCAGCCAGGAGUUAGUAGAAAAAUUAAAAGAAGUCAAUCUAUUUUCACAGAUACAAGCAGCAUCUCAAGAAAUUUUCCAGCAAUUAAGAGAGACUAAUAAUGCUUCCAUGAGAAGUCAGACGGAACUCAUAAUUGAAGACCUCCAAGCAGAGGUCUCUAAAAUGAAACCUCAAGGAAAGUUUAAUAAAAUUGAACUGGAAAAAUAUAGCCAAUGCUAUCUAGAAUUGAAGAGUAGCGAGUCAUUGUCCAGUGAACCAAACAAUCUUUACAGGGCUAAUAGAAGGCUACAAGAGGCCAAUAACAAAAUUCUGGUGGAACAACAACAAAACCCAUUUUUACUGAGCAGUGUUAAUACAAAACCUCUCCUAGAAUAUCCUUGUGUUGGAAAUCUUCAUCAUAGUUUGGUGUUCCCAAGAAGUUUUCUUCCCAGAGAAAACUUUGCGGUUCCUCCAUUAAACCCAAAGCCUUCAAUCAGCAGCAUGGAGAGCUACCUGGCUGAGAUGCAGCAAAAAUUGCAUUAAAGUAUAACUAGAGAAGUAAGAGAAGCUCCUGCCAAACUUGAAUCUGAAUCCUUUAAAGUUUCUUCCACAAGAUCUGCUAAUAAAUCAAGCCAAGGUCUAAUUUCAGAAACAUCACAAGAAUAUCUGGAGAUUUUAAGGAGAAGAUAUAAGAUCUGAAAAGACAAUUUUGUUUAUUGGACUUUAUAUAUAUAACAUUUAAAUUAUAUCCCAUAUGGUGUAUGAUAUGAACUUUGUUGAAGGAAAAAAACCUUUGUAUCAUAGAUACAUGAUGAAAAUUUAUAUACUAUUUUAAACUCCUUCUUGACAUCUGUAACUUUUAAGUGAUGUUUGCAAGUAAAAAUCAGUGCUACUGAGUUUUAUGUACUCAAACUUCCCAAAUGCCAGCCUUUUA